ACAAAAUGGCUGCCCCAUCAUCACCAUCAUCAUCAUCAUCGACAACAUUUGAAUCAUCAUCAUCAUCAUCAUCAGAUUUAUCACCGGUAUCAAAAUCACCAACACCAUCAUCGGAUGAUAAUAAUUCAACAUCAUCAUCAUCAUCAUCUGGUUUAUCUAGUUUGGGUAGUUUUGCUCAAACCGAUAUCCGUAUAACAUAUGAAUCGGAUGAAGGUACACCAUUGGAAGAGAAUAUUGUUAAUCAUCAUCAUCAUCAAAGGCCACAAUUACCAUCGUUGAUUAUUAAUAAUAAUUGUAAAUUAUUACGACAAAAUGGUAAUAAUACAGCAGCAGCAGCAGUAUUUUCAUCAUCAUUACCAUCUGCAUUUUCAUCACCAUCAUUAUCUGAAUGUGGUAUUGAACCAUCAUCAUCAUCAUCAAUAAUCACAGCAACCACGACAACCAUGCAUCAACAACAAAAACAACAACAACAACAACAACAACAAUCAUUGAUGAUGAUGAAUACAUUCAAUACAAUUCAUCAUAAUCAUCCUAAUCAUCAUCAUUCAAAUAAUAAUUUAAAUUUAAUGAUAAAAAAUAAUAAUGUAAAAAAUGCUGCACAUUUACGCAUACAAGGUCUGAUAUUUGAUCAACAACAACAUUUAUUGAUCUCACGUGCAACAUCUAUGGAUGAAGGCAUUUUUCAAUCACCAUUGAAUUCACCGAAUCGUACAUCGGCACCAUCCAGUCCGAUUGGACCAAAAUUCAAGAUUAUUCAUGAAGGUGAUGUUCAUCUUUGUCGUUUGAAUCAUCAACGUACAAUUGUAUCGAAAAUAUUGAGUUCAAAAUUUUUACGUCGUUGGGAAACACAUCGUAUUUAUUUGACAACGGUGAAUAUGGCUUCAAAAACGCCAAUUGGUUUUAUGGAAGUACCAGUACCAUAUAGUCAGAUUGAAAAUGCAUAUGCCGUAAAUCGUUGGGAUACGAAUCAAAAAUUUUACAUUCGUAUCGUUGUUUCUGAUGGAUCGGUAUUGUUACAGCUACCAAACAAAUGGGUACGUGAUCAAUGGCUUUAUUCAAUCAAUUGGAAGCGUUUUAUGCUCAAAUAUCAACAAAUAUUGGCCAACCCAUCGAUUCGGCCUGAUGUGCUUACAAAGGAAUUAAAAAAUUUGAUCGAAUUGACAUUGACUACGCCAUUACAGGAUGAAUGUAUUUAUCAAACGUCAUUGGAUGUGAUCAAUGAAUUAUUGCUGCUAAGACUUAAAGAUUUUGAAAGAGAUGAUGAAAAAACUGCAGAAAUGCAGCUUGCAGCCAGAAAAUUGAAUGAAGAAAUUAUUAAAUUAUUAUCACCAUUUUUGGAACGUACCAAUCCAAGUAUUGAGAUUUGUCGAUUUUUAAGCAAGCAUUGCCGUAAAUAUCCACGUUCAAUAGUUAUUUGUGAAUAUUAUGCUGAAAUUGUUCAACGUAUACUUAAACAUAAUAUGGAUUUUGGUAAAUAUCCACGAAUGCGUGUUCUUGUACAGGAUUAUUUUGUUGCAUUGAAUAAACAUAAUGAUGGCAAUCAUUUGAUACAGACAUUUAUCUAUAGUGUUCAUGGACGAACAAUGAUGUGUCCACAUCCACGUGUCAUUAGCAAUCUAGUAUCGGUUUGUUUGGCAACAAUAUUCUCAUUGUUUGAAUAUCGUCAAUUGGAUUCAAUUCAUCAUGGCCAUCAAUCAAUUAAAAAUGUUGCUGAUACAGAUCUAGAUCAGAUCGAUGAUGAAGAAUGGCAAAUUCAUGUCAAUUGUUUUAUCGAUAUGUUUCGUUUUAUAUCACAAUAUGAAGAUUGGCGAUUAUCAUUAGCUCAAAUACUGCAACCGAUUCCAUUACCGGAUUCAGCAUUGGGUGAUCCGAAAUUUUUCUUAUUAUUCAAGCCUGUGAUUGAGAAUUUGGCCAAUGAUCAUCGAUGUGAUGUACAUCAAAUGUUAUUGGGCAUACGUGAGAAUAAAUCCAAUUGGCUUGAUCUUUAUGCACCGGGUAAUAUUGGUUGCGAUGAUGAUGGUCAACUUUGGAGCAUUAUGCUCAAAACACUGAUUGGCUGUUGUUGUCGACGUAAAAGAUUCUAUCAAGUAUUGAUUAAAUCAUCAUUGGAUGCUUGUUUAUUAUUGGCAUUAAGAGAGGAUGAAACCUGUCAGACAAUAUUAUGCGAUAUGAUUGAAAUGGAGCUUAUUGAAAAUUCAUCCGAUGUACAACAGCAAAUAAUAACAACAUUACAAAGUACAUCCACUGGCCAACAACAAUAUGAUGAUCUUUGUCAAAGACAACUACAUCUCAGGGAAUUUCAAAAGAAAGGUGGACCAAAAAAACUGACACUGCCUUCACGAUCAACUGAUGCUGAUCUGGCCCGUUUAUUAAGCGCUGGUUCAUUUGGUGAUCUUGAAAGUCUUUCAUUGGCAUUUACACAGGUGACCAGUGCAAGUGCACAUCAUCUGAUUAAAUUGCCUUCACUUCGUUAUUUAAAUCUUUGGUCUACACAGUUCAGUGAUUCUGGUCUACAAUUACUUGCUGAACAUUUGACACAAUUACAGGUUCUUAAUCUAUGUGAAACACCUGUCACCGAUAAAGGAUUACUUUAUCUUACAGCAUUGAAAGAUCUUCGUAAAUUGAAUCUAAAUAGUACAAAUCUAUCGUCACAAACGUAUGAAAAAUUGAAACAAAAAUUACCAUCAUUACAAGAAGUUGAUGUUCGUUAUACGGAUGCAUGGUGAAAUGAAAUAAAAUUAAUGAUGAUGUGGACUGAAUGAUUGGACCAAAUUAAUUCAUUUUGAGCCACUUUAUUC